ACCCACCCAUGCCCACGUUGCUUUUGAGGUUGUUUGCUUGCGGAAGGAUCAUCAUCCAGCGACGUAAAAAAGUUCUAAACGACACACGGAGGACUGGCAAGCGACAGUUCAGGGUGCAGCGGCUUCAAGCAGCUCGCCAUCCGCCAGCAUGAGGGAGGAUGAGGCUGCCGAGACCCUCGUCAGCUGCGGAACUUGGCAACCUGAACAGCUAGAUCAACAGCGCUAGACUCUGAGUUGUAGCCGCACUCCUCUUGUCAGGCCGUUGAAACAAGCCCUCUGGCUUCUGCAAGCCCACAUAUCUUUUUCGACGCUAACAAGCUCCAGGCCAAAGGCCCUAGUCCGGCCACAAGCGCUCCUCACCGUAGAUCUAGGGGUUAAAUCCGGGUUGAUACCAUUCGCUAGCCCGAGUUUUUGGAACUGCGAGGAGCUUGCGGAACAGCAACUCCCCUUGCCCCGGCAGACCAGGUCUCCAUCGGAGGCAUGGUACAUACAGCAGCUUGCAGGUACGGCGUAAGCUUGGUCUGCGGAAGUUUGCUCUUGUCACUUCUCCCUUGUCUUUUUUGUCGGCUCACUGGUAGGCUGGUCCUGGCGUAAUACGCUAUCGACCGAUGGCCCAGCCAAGGAAGGUCUCUAUCCGUUGGGGACUUGGGAAGAAAAUCCUUUUCAAUCAUGAAAUUAUCCGGUUGAGAUGGUUCGUAGCCAAUGAAGAACCUUGUCCCACUUGACUACAUGGGCUACCAGGCUGCGCAGACUGGGAAGAGGGGCAUCAUAUUCGCUGAUCUACGAGGGGAGUUUAUGCAAAUCAGAAUCACAUUCACAUUAAUAACAUAACUGGCCCUCAUCCGAAGCUGUCCAGAGUUGGAAAGCUCUUGCAAGGCUGAAGAGAAGGACGUGGCAUUGGACGAUUCGGUUUGUCUGGGUGCACCCCAUUAAUGACCUAUGACCAGACGCCACUGUCACCUCUCCAGUGGGAAUGACACAAUGGCUUCGGUUUCUUUGUUAACGGACCCUGCAAAAUACAGAGACAGACCCAGCUUUUCUUUCUUGUGCUCCUGAUGCCUGCCGAUGAACCCGACACUCUCCCACUCUCCCACUCUCCCACCUCCGAGGAGCAGCAGCACCAGGGCGUGAAGUAAGGCGAGGUGUGGCUCAAAUGCACCCGACAGAUGAGAAUCCUGGCGGACGCAAUCUUCCUUGAGCUCAAGUCAAAAAUUCGGCGGCACAAUCGGCUGCCCGCUGGAAGCCCCCCAUAUAGGCCAACCAGUCCGCUGUCUGACACAUUGGGGAACCCAACCUGCGGUUCUUCAUGAUAUUCAUGGAUGCUCCAUUAUCCGGGUUCCUGGAUCUAGAAGAAUUCUAGCGGAUCCGUUCAUCAUGAGUUCUUCACAGUCGCCAAGUUUUACCGCCGAAUUUAUCAAAGAAGAACCCGGAAAGCCAGUCCCCCAGAAGCCCGUCCGAAGAAGGGGUCUGAAUGAUCAGAUAAAAUGGGUUAAGGCGUGGAUGUCGAAGUUACCUCAAGGGGAUGAGGAUUGGGACAACAACAAACCUUCGACACUAGAAGACAUUCUCCGUCUGCGUGAUCGUCUGACCAUCUCUCACGUUGAGUCGCGUCGGGACAUGGACUGGCUCACUCUACUCGAGACCUAUGCCGCUGCUUCCAAAGACUUUGAGGGACGAGAAACUCAGCUUCACUGCAUGGUAAUGGUCGCAGCCUGUCACGUGGCUCAUGAUCAGGGCCUUACCAUAAACGAUGUUAUGGAUGCCAUGGCUAAGUGCGUUACUGGAGGCAGUGAUACUCUUAGAUCCAAGCGAUUUGCACUGCCCAAGUGUGUACAGAUUGGCGAUGAACUUGCUAAAGUACUGGGACCGCGGGCAUAUGAGCUCCCAUUGAGAGUAAACUCGUAUUUUACUUUUGGCCAGCACUUUACCGUCGAAUGCUUCCCGAUACUGCGCAGAGAGUCUGCUUUUGCGCAUCGUCCAAACAACAAACUGCCCUCAGAGUUACUCCGAAUCCCAAGUCUCGUCUAUGAACUCUGUGACGGGAAGGUUAGGUAGGUGACGGUGUCACGUCACUCCUGUGUCGAUUCCUGGACUCACAAUCGGCAGUCUACAACAGAUCGAAAAGGCUCUAGAGCCAGGCGGUGCGAAGGCCAAGGCGAGAUCGAAGUCACAGACGAAGUCGAAGGCGAGGUCGACGGGCAGCCCAGACAGCACCUGGAGUGUCGUUUCGAGCGCGGAUAUGGAACAUGAUAUGAUACACAUCAUGAAAUAGAACUUGUCGUUUGUCGGAAAGUCUAUAUGGGUUCCAGGUGGAGAGGGAUGUAGAGGAACCUUAUGUGUCCUCCUUGAGCUUUCAGCCCCGUUUCCCGGAGAUGAAGGGCAGAUGUUGGUUCCCAUGUCUCCUUCUGCGAAGACCGUUUGUCUCUGGAAACGAGCUCAACAUCGUAUUUUGUGUUUCCGAGGGCCACGACAAUUGCAGUAUACCCUUUUAGCAAUGUCGAAGUGUUGCCUUUUUCGAGACGAAAAGCCUGGGGGCUAAUUUCAGGCAUUUUGAGAUCUUUAAUGACCAUUCCAAACCCUCUAGCCCACGACUUGAGAUCCUCUUCCUACAAAGCAUUAACAUGUGAUGAAACCAGGGGUUUAAGUUACUCCAAGAACAAGAAUAACGGAAGGGCAAAUAUUACCAGAUCUUGUAACAAAGCCUCACACAGUAGUCCACAUGACUUGGGUAAACCAUAAGUCAAUAACCCUUCUUUCUUCUCAACGGGAAAGAGAGUCAAAACUUCUGUCGUUGCAUCUUGUUGUAGAGCCUGCACAUGAGGGCUUAGAGGCAUCAGCCUAUACAAAGGAGUUGUCAUGCUUGGGUACUUUCAUUGCAUAAGUUGUGUGCCGCCAAGGAGAUUUAGAAGACAGCCGGGACCUACAGAAAAAGGCACAGUCAACCUGAACUACCUUAACAAUUACUGUAUUCGUACACGACACGUUAGGCAGCUACCUUGGAAAAUAAACAGGGGUGCCUCAGGCUUCACGGCAGAUCAGAUCGUCCGCCGGGGAUUCAGGAUGGAUACCGUGGUGAUCCCCUAUGCGAUGGCAACCUGGUUAUAUGGGCGCCGGGAAAAGAGAGAACUCGUAUCGUGGAUUUUUCUCACCCAAGUAUGUACUUUCAUGCUUCUUGGCGUGGGAACCCUCAAUGUCCGCAAUGCUUAUUCUGCGAGACAAUUACUGGCCUUUGCUAUACCCACGCCAGGCUUGCCGAGAGAGAAGAAGAGCCCCAGCCCAACCGUUGACGGACGGAUCUUUUCUUCCACCAGCACGCGAUGGCUGCAUAUUUCCGCUAUUUAAGUAAAUGAGAUAAAACUAGUGACGCAGAAUUUUCUUGGUUGAGUCUGAAAUGCAUGUUUUAAAAGGCUGCAAGCCUGGAUUUAGUCUGCAGACAAGUGAGAUGAGAAGCUAGUCAAUGAGGCGUGAGCAAGUUUUCCCCUCGUCAGGCUCUUGCAACCUUUCUGGAAUAUCGUUGCGGCCUAGAUCUACGAUGCCUGAAGAUCAUCUUGGUCAGGUUCUAGAAGAUAACGUUUCGUGUAUCUAGCCUUGCCUCAUUCGUCUUUAGCUCUCCAACCUCGCUGCCUUCGAGUUUCAAAGAACAUCACCAUUCAGUUCCUUUCAGUUGAGAUGAGUCUUUGAGCUAGGUAGCCUGGACUCUUGAGAAAUCAGUCUCGCAAGCUUAUCCAAGUCCGUUAAGCUUGUAACUUUGCUAAAGUAGAUAGGCAUGUCAAUAUUGUCCACUUUUUCGUCAAGCGUGUUUGUGUUUGUGUUAGCUUUCGGCUCUAAUGUGAUCGCCCGGAAAUGAGGUAUUGGCCCACUCCUUCUUUGGACGGAUGUGAUGCCAGCCUCAGAUCUACUCUAAGGCUUGGAUUGGUAGGACUCUCGGUAUUUGCUGGCGCCUUCUUUUGGGUGCUGGUCUCUGACUCGCGAGCUUCCACCAUUUCCGUGUCUCCACCUUGGCUAAGCACCGGACCAGGAAAACGGGGUUAUCCAUGAUCAUGGACUAAAAAUCACCAGAAAUGGAGGUAAGACAGACUGAAA